AUGCCCUCGUGUGGGUUGAUUGGACCUUGUCGUCUGCAUGGCACCAGGAAAGCGGGCGGUAAGCCUGGUGCAUGGCGCCUGGAGUAUGCAGUGGAGAAGUGGCACGGUAGAGGAUACUGGUUGGGGCAAAGCUGCUCAUCUGUCACUUAUGCCUCCCUGUCAGAUGAUAACGAGUACAUACUCAACAAGGGCGUUCCGUCUCAGCGGGUCAGCCUCUGGUGCAGAUUUGGGAGGCUUACUUGGCAUCUAACGCGUCCUCAGGCUGCGGCCCCGCUGGUCCAUAGGUUGAUUAGGCCAAGGCCGUCCAAGAGUUGGCGUGUAUUGGCAGACAGCGUACAGCCGGUCAAGCAUACGGGCUUUCUUGGAUGCGUUAGCUUUCGCCGCGCUGAGCUGACCUCCAACGGUGCAUUCGCAAUUUGCAUCGACACAAGACUCGUCGGACGUCAAGAUUGA